ACUUCGAUCUCAUUUGUGCGUGCCUUUGUUUGUGUACAGUUCUUAUGUUCAGUUGUUAAAUGGCGCAAAGCGUACCUAUAGUUUCAGCUUCCGAAAAUUCACCUAAAAUAGCCACAUUUGCUGUUUUGGACCUAGAGACUACAAAUUUGCCAGCCUACAACAACAAUCGCGUUGGAAUCACUGAGCUAUGUAUUUACGCUUUCGAUGCAGACCUCUUAAAGGACAACACGCAGGACAAUGAUGCUUCUCAGCCAAGGGCCUUACCAACGUCACCACGUGUCAUGCAUAAGCUGAACUUGCUGUUUCAACCAUCAAUGAUGGUGCAUCCCGAAGCGGAAAAGGCCACAGGCUUAAGCAACUAUCUGCUAGAACGCGAAUCAAAACUGAACGAGAAUUCCGCUCAUACGAUUUUAGGAUUUCUGAAACAUUUGCCCGCUCCCGUUUGCUUGGUGGCCCACAAUGGCUGGUACUUUGAUUUUCCAAUUGUCAAACAAGCAUUUGCAAAGCUCAAUUUGGAGUUACCGAGUGGCAUAACGUGCGUUGAUUCUUUACGUGCGUUUUUAGAAAUAGACGACAAGCGAAAAUCGCCAGAGCCCAAGUUAGGAUCGACAACGCCUGAGACGGCGGAGCUAGCGCCGACUGAAGUAGAAUCUCAAAAAUCGAUAAAACAGGAAUCGGAGGCGUCCCCUAAAAAGGAAAUCAACUGGCAGGCAAUUAACGAAACCACACCUCAACGCGCCAAACCACCACCUGCCGAAGCUGCAUUGAAACGCAAGGAAAUGGCGGACCCAAGCGAUUAUGACAGAACUUCGCCCCCAGUUAAACAAAAUCCAAAAGAUUUUAAUUCCCGUCGUCAGCUUUUCACCAAUUUGAACUGCUCAAAGACGAAGCGAUUCCCGCCACGUUUGCUUUAUAGACUGGGCAAUCUGUAUGAGCGAGAGUUAAAAACGGAACCAGUAAAUGCACAUCGAGCAGAGGCAGACGUAGACAUGCUAACGCAACUAAUGCAGCACUACGGAGCUGAUUUUCUCGCCUUUGCCGAGGAGCAAGCCAUACCUUUUACGGAGGUUGUUCCAUUAGGUGGGAAAGCAGCGGCUUGCUGCACUAUAUAAUUUAUACUUAUUUUUUUUUUUUUACAAAUUUUCCUUAUUACAUUUCCUUAAAUUUACAAGAAUGUACUUCUGUGGUUAAUCGCAAAUCUUCCAAAAUGAUCGGUAAAGUUUUAAAAAGUGUAAUUUUAUAUAUUUUAUAUUUCAAAUAAAUGUGAAUUUUUAAAUAAA